CUCAUGCUCACACGUCUUUUUAGGUUGUCAUCGAUCUUUCCAUUGCUUCCCAGGCCAGUUGACUGUAGACUUUCACCGCUGCGACUUCGUGCCCUUGCAACCAUGACCGUCUCACCACCGAGCCUCGACAAUAUAUCUGUCACUGUCGACUCUCAGCAGCCCGCAAUAGCUCUGAUCAAAUUCAACAGACCCAAGAAUGCCAAUGCCUUGAGCGUCCCGCUGGUGAACGACUACCUGUCUGCACUCCGCUGGACUGAGCAAGAGUCAAGUAUACGGAUCAUCAUAACGACCGGUGAAGGCAAGUUCUUCACCGCAGGUCUCGACCUCCUCGACCCAUCGGUGAAAGCCACACCAGGCGCCACAGUUUCAGAUGGAUUCAUUUCCGGCCUCAGCGCCGUCCAUGAACAUCUCAUCAAGACCGACAAGCUCCUCAUCAGUGCAGUGAAUGGCCCAGCACCCGGGUGGGGCACCACUCAUAUCGCUCUUUCCGAUCUAGUCUACGCCACACCUCAGGCUUUCUUCUUCACACCUUUUGUCCAAUGGGGUCUCUGCGCCGAAGGCUGCUCUUCUCUCACCUUUACAAAGAUCCUCGGACGACAAAAGGCUAGUGCACUGGUUCUUGCAGGUCAGAGGAUGAGUGCCGAGGAACUGGAACGAGCAGGUUUGGUCACGAAGGUGUUACCACAGGAGGGGUUCUUGGAUGGGGUGUUUGAUCUUGCUAGGCAGGUUGCGAGACUGCCAGCUGAGAGUUUGAAGUUUAAUAAGCAGGUGAUGAUGAGGACGGAGAGGGAGGAGUUGCUGAAGUGUAAUCGGGUGGAGAUGGAGGCGUUGAAGGAGCAGGCGAGGAAGAAGGAGAGUUCGGAUGCGAUCAGGGGAUUUGCGGAGGAGACGGAGAGGAAGAAGAGGGAGAAGAAGGCUGCUGGUGGUUCUAGAUUGUGAUUAUGAUCUGUUCACGGCCGUUCACCAAAAGUCGCUCGCGUGGUCUAAGGCUCAAGAGACUUGGCGGCAAAUUCAUGCUAUGUAAAUGGGCACACUUCGGAAGACCGAGAGCGACUACCAGAACGAAAGUCCGAGGCAUCACUCGACCAAUUGUUGAUCAAGGAAGAUCGAGAGAAUCUGUUGCCUGAGAACUACAUUUACCUAAGCAGACGUAAAGGAAGGACGCACAUCUAAUCGUCAAAAGAAUGCGUCAACAAG